ACAGAAACGACUUAAUCUCCACAACGACGGCUUCUUCGUCGUCCAUGGUGGACUCGCUGAACGACGUGUCGGAAAUCAGCAAGAUUAGAUUAGGCCAUGAGAAAAGUCUCAGUCUCCCAAGCCAGGAUGAUGUGAGAAAUGUUAAAUGUAACACAGAUUCUUCCUACAAAUCCUCAUGGAGCUCUCACAGUACGACGCAAUCACAAGGUUACAGUUCCAACGCUCUAAGUAGCGUAGGUGUCGGAAAAACCACCAUUGAUCCACAUCCCCACCUGCGACAACCAGAUCCAUAUCAAAUGUUUGGACCAACCAGCAGUAGGUUAGCGAGUUCAGGAUCGGGACAGAUUCAGCUGUGGCAAUUCCUGCUGGAGCUCCUCAGCGACUCGGCGAACGCGGGCUGCAUCACAUGGGAGGGCACAAAUGGGGAGUUCAAGCUCACGGAUCCCGACGAGGUGGCGCGGCGAUGGGGCGAGAGGAAGUCGAAGCCCAACAUGAACUACGACAAGCUGAGUCGAGCUUUAAGAUAUUACUACGAUAAGAACAUAAUGACGAAGGUUCACGGCAAGCGCUACGCGUACAAGUUUGACUUCCAAGGACUCGCCGCCGCCACGCAGCCCGCAACGAGUGACCCCACGUACAAGUACCAGAGCGAUUUGUUCAUGGCGCCAUAUCACCACGGAGCGAAGCUCAGUUCCUUCAUGAGCCCCCACCACGGAAUGACUUCCACCUCAGCAUCAAUCUUCCCAUCGGCGGCUUCGUGGAGCAAUUGGGGCGGCCCCACGACGAACCUCUACCCUCCGCACUCCAUGAGCCAUGUGACGCCACCCCACGUCACCCCGCACCUGGGCACCUACCCUCACUACGCAUGACCGUCCCCCACCACCGGCGGCUUCUAAUGCGCGCCACCUGCCGGCAGAGGAUCCUGGACGCGCGCAGGACCGCGAGGACGCGAGGCCGCGGCCUUCGUCGACUAUCCACAGUGGCAGUGACGUUUUCGUUCGGUUUAGUGUCAGGCGAUUGCUUUCGUAGCGCUCAUUUCACCGUCACGAUUGUCUAAUCACGCGGAAUAGGGAUGCAUUUUCGAUGAAUUUAGCGAGGAGGGCGCAAACCAUUCUGGACGCGUCGCCAGAGAUAAUAUCCAUGAUGAAUUUUUGUAAUGAAUGUCCAAUUUACUCACACAAAACAGUCGUAUAUUUUCUGGGAUCCUCAAAAGAGAGAGAGAGACAGAGAGGGAGAGAAAGAGAGCGGAAGAUGAAAAAAAAAUCUAGAUGUAAAGUGAAUGAGAAGAUACAUAAUAAAAUAUUCAUGUUAACACGUAAGAGCAUAAAAAUAGAUGACAAUUUCAAGCAGUAUCAUGUAAAAAAAAAAGAAAGGAGUGCGAAGAAAGAGGGAUAAAUGGCGAAUUGAGACAUUUUCUGUGUCAAUUUAUGUUCCUCAAAAUGAAUAUUCAUGACGAAAUUGCACCACCAAAAAAAAGACACAUAGAAAGAGAGAAGAAGAAAUAACCAAAGAUUCUUAUUGAGUUGAUUUUAAUCCCAAAAGAAACAACACUUAAUUUACCGAUUUAUUUUGACUUCCUUAGAAAAAAAGAUUGAGAGUGCCAAACAAUUUCAGUUGAAGUGAAUGAAUAGAGAUCACAAAGAAAUUCUAGUCCCAAAAAAAAAGAAAGAAAGAAAGCAGAUGCAAUGUUUGUGAAGCAAAAAAAAGUAUAGAAAUUAUUUAAGAAAGAAAGAAUAAAUAAAGAAAAAACAUAUGAGAAUCUGUGAUAGUUGUAAAAAAGAUGAAUAAUAAUUUAAUGAAGAGAAAGAGAGAGAGCAAAAUGACAUUUUGUAAAUGACUAUAAAAUGUGAAAAUGGUUAUCUAAAGAUUACAAAGUUGCCGUGUAAAAUAAAUGUACAUAAACUAGAAGACCCCACUAAAAAGUACAGAGAGAGAGAGAGAGAGGAUUGUAUGUAGUUAAAGACAUAAUAGUGUUUAAGACAUUUUGCGGCUAAGAGAAAAUCCAGCGAAUUCCUAUUUUGUAGCAGAAGAUAAACAAGAAAUUGUGAUGAGAUAGAAUCUUACAAAUGGAUGUUGAUGGAAAUGCCAAAAGAUUUCUGCAUCGUUCAAAUCUCUCAAUUCUUUUCCCUUUUUUUUCUUUGACCUUUUUCACCCCAGAACACAUUUGAUUUUCUCUUCUUUUGACAGAUGCAGCUCAAUUAUCAUGAAGAAACUCGCUGGAAAUUAUUGAAUAAAUGUCUGUAGAAAUGUAAUGAUAAUUAUUAUAUCAAUGUAUACAAAUAAAUGUCAGUUCAAUGUAUUUUAUGU